AAUGCCGGAAAAAAGCCGCUAUUCGAUUCGUUUGCCUAUUUAUUUUGAAGAGUUUCAGAUUUCAGAAAGAAUUACUAGAUACUAUAUCAAAUACCACAUAACAUAAAUCAUCUCAUCAUGGCGUCCCCGUCCCCGAAGUCACCAGAACAGACAGAGAAGAACAAACAGUACGACAGGCAGCUUCGGCUGUGGGGUGAUCAUGGUCAGUCUGCUCUUGAGAAGAGUCACAUCUGUCUGAUAAACGCAAACGCCCUAGGAACAGAGAUACUGAAAUCAAUCGUACUGCCUGGUAUCGGUGCCGUGACUAUAGUUGACGAACAUAUAGUUAGUGAGGAAGACAUAGGCAGUAAUUUCUUCUUAGAAACCACUAGUAUAGGCCUGAAUAGAGGGUCAGAGACGCUGCGUCUUCUUCUGGAGCUGAACUCUGCCGUCCAAGGCCACGCCGUGCAGGAACCGACAGACCAAAUCCUCAAGGAAAAUCCAGAUUUCUUUAAAAGCUUCAGUGUAGUUGUGGCUACAGCAUUAUCAGAAAAGAUAAUUCAAGAUCUGUCAGAGCAUCUCUGGGAAAACAAUGUUCCAUUUAUUUUGUGCCGGUCAGUUGGGUUCCUUGGAUCAUUCAGGAUUCAGGUGAGGGAACAUGCUGUGAUUGAAACUCACCCUGACAAUGAGCAGCCAGACUUGCGCCUUGAUGUUCCAUUCCCUGCUCUGGCUGAAUAUCUUGCUGACAUUGAUAUUGAUGCAGUUGAUCUCAAAGACCAUGGCCACAUCCCAUGGAUUGUGAUUUUAUACAAAGCUGUUCAAAAGUGGCAGCAAGUUAAUGCAAAUAGAUGGCCCAUGAGCAGAAAAGAGAAGAAUGAAGUUAAAGAAAUUAUCAGUGGAUUCAUCAGAAAGGAUGAAAAUGAUGUGCCAAUUAGUGAGGAAAAUUUUGAAGAGGCACUGCGAGCAGUGAACACAGGCUUAGUGCCUACAUUUCUGCCAGUGAAGAUUCAGGACCUUAUAUACAGCAGUGCAGCAAUUAACUUGAAUAGUGAAAGUUCACCAUUCUGGAUUAUGUGCUCAGCUCUCAGAGGAUUUGUAGAAGCUGAAGGGAAGGGCAAGCUGCCGGUGAGAGGAGUGCUACCGGACAUGACUGCUUCCACUGAGCACUAUGUGAAGCUGCAGAAUAUGUACCGCAACCAGGCUGCAAUGGAUGCUGAGGCAGUCUACAGGAAAGUGCAGCAGAUAGUAACUCAACUGCACAGAGACAGCAUCAGUGAAGCUGAGGUGAAGCUGUUCUGCAGACACGCACAUGAUCUGCACUUGAUCAAGGGCUCUAGCAUAGCACAGGAGUAUCAGCUCAACAGCCCUACAGCUACUUAUAUUGCUAAACAUCUGGAAGAGCCAGAUGUCAUGAUGGUCCACUACAUUCUACUUCGAGCCUCUGAAAGAUUCCAGUCUGAGCAUUGCAGGGCCCCUGGUGACUGGGAGCCAGAGGGAGACAUUGCUCAACUCAAGACCUGUGUCUCCAAGCUGCUCAGUGAUAUUUCCUGUUCACCAUUCCCUAAGGAUGAUCACAUCCAUGAGAUGUGUCGCUAUGGAGGCGCAGAGAUCCACAGUGUGUCAGCAUUUUUAGGAGGCUGUGUGGCACAUGAGGCCAUUAAACUUGUAACAAAGCAGUACAAGCCUGUAAAUAACACAUUCAUAUAUGAUGGAGCCUCAACUAACACUGCUACUUUUACUUUGUGAUUUUAUUUAUUAUAAACUGUGAGGAAUGA